CCCUGCUCUUUCCACGCCCACUUGCUAGCAGUACAGAACAACUUUUAAGUACGUGUCUUGAAUUAUCGCAGCUGUAUAUUUUUAUUAUUCGAAUAAAUUCGAAUCAUUUAUCUUUUCAACACCAACAGCACCAACUUUUUACCUUUUCCCAAGGUUCGUGUAGGUGUAGCCAUCCUCCAGCAAAAAAUCUUUUCUAUAGGGUCCAAGCCACAAGUAGUUGUUUGCUUUGCUUGUCUUUUUAUUGAAGUAGCGCUAGCCGCGUGAGGAGAAACAGAAAGCAAAAAAACUUUCAAAAACUUUCAAGAGGUUCCACGUGAGUGACCAUCCAAAACAAGCAAACAACUAUCGCAGUAGCCCAAGUUUAGCACAAAUCACGGCCACGUACAUUGCGAUACGCAACAAGUUCUCAGCCUCAGCUUCGGUAUAGAAAACAAAGCAAAAACAACAAAACCAUCUUCUUACACACGUUGGACCUAGCUUCCAUUUAGUUGCUGUUUAUAUUCCUGAAAAAAAUGAUGUCGCCCGUUUCUACUUUGACUCCACCAGACAGCAGGAGGAACAAGAGUUCCUCGAUCUCGAUCUUUUUCUUCAUCCGCGUGUGUGUUUGUCUCUCCUCCUGCUUCUCGACAAUCUUGUGUCAUGCGACGCGGAGUCGAAGUGCGGCGCUCAAGGAACUGAACAUGCCAGCGUGGAACAAGUUUGCCCAAGAGAGCGAUCCUGGGCUCCAAGCAAGAAUUUUUUCGGAUGCGGGCCUCGGACGUGGCGGAUUCUUGCAGAGCAACGCGCUGCGGAAAGCGAAGGAAUAGAUACUUCGCUGCCAACCAUGCGGAGAGAUUCCCAGCCAUGGAAACGGGCAUCGCUGCGGCGUUGGGCCGACUGUCAGACACGAGCCCGGUGGCUUCUUUCAGAGAUGGGACGCUGUUUUCUGAGCCGGGCCAGGUUGAUAGUGCCAAAGAAUUCGCGGGCUUCGUUUGGGAUACGCUUGUACGUCAGAACGGACGCUUUCGGAGGCUCUUGCUCGACCUGGGUCCGCGCCACACGCAGGCUCCACAAACCGGAAAUGAAGAGUCCGUACUCGCAGAUUUCGAAGAGCUCACUGCGGACAAACUAGACUCAAAUAGCAUGCUUCUGGGGGUGGAGUUGGAGAAACGUCUCGUGGGUCGGCCUGGCGAAAGACUUCCGCUGCCGUUCGAUUUUUUUUCUGCCAAGGGCACGGACCGUUUCGUUGCUGACCGACUUGUUUCUUACCCGCCCACCUGUAUGCACGGGAUUUCGUUGUAACUUGUUGGUUUUCACCUCGAGUGGUUGCAAGAGUUCGAGCAGAUGAGUGGCUACAUUGUCUCUCCAGUUUCCUGUGUCAUGAUAUUUUGUAUUGCUAUUAUUUCGCGAGACCGGCGAGGACGCUUGUGCAGCUUCUGGCGCUGUGUAUUGAGUACAAGAAAGAAACCCGGUCGACCAAAUCCAUGGCGGGCUCUCUGAACCUUCAGAGCCAGAGGAUGUCCUCUCUGCAGCGUGUUCAGAAGGUUUUUGAUCCAAAAAACCUUUUGAAGGUUUGGCAGGUGGUGCUCACUUUUUGACCUUCUUAAAGUUUUGAACCUUCUGAAGGUCGGACUUUCAAAACCUUCUGAAGAUUGAAAAUCAAAAAUGACACUUUUGAUCAAAAAAGAAGGUCCUCUGAAGAUUGCGAUUUCUGAUCAAACCUUCUGAAGGUUGCUUCCGAUCAAACCUUCUGAAGGUCUUCUGAAGGUUGCGACUGCCAAAUAUUGCUACUUUUGUAGCAGAGGCAGUGCCUCCAUCAAAUAUUGCAUUUUUGAAGGCCUUUACAACAGGUCAAGAAACCUUCUAAAGGUCUUCUGAAGGUUGCGCCAAGCCACGACGUACCAGCAUGGCCAAAAGAGGCCACCUUUUGGCUGCUUCUGGCCAAUUCCGGACAAACGAAAAAUAGCCACUUCUGUGACGAAAAAGCCGCUUUCUUGAAUUCUAGGUCUAAAAUAAAGCCAGAAGCUGUUCGUUUUUGGACAGCAAAAGCCGGACUUUUGGCUUUUGUUUUUAGCCGGUCUGUUGGCUUUUUGUUUUUCUGUUUUUAGCUCCUCCGAGAGCAGCCAAAGGCAACAACCUCACUAGGGAGAAAUAAAAGCCGAGCUUGGAGAUUCUACCUUUAGGUCAAGUGGACAGCUUGACUCUGAUCUUCACGUCUCACUUAAGACCUCCUCUGAAGAGUAUUCGCAUUUACCCCCACGCGGCGCGCGCCGCGUGGAUUGGUUCAAGCAAACCCUGUCGACCAAGUCCUAAGUACAAGAAACAAACCCUGUCGACCAAGUCCAUGGCGGGCUCUCGCCACCUUUUCUUUCCGUUGUUUAAGUUAGUACUUAAGUGCGGCAUUUGCUAGAUGUGGUGAUGAAGCCACGCAAAGCCUUUUUUUUUUGGAAUGCGACCAUCAGCUGCAGCACCACUUCGCAAGAAAAUCAACAAAGACUUCCUCUGCAUAGAAUGGAACAUUCUCAAGCUCACGAUGAGCAGUGUGCAGACAGUACCGUGGCUCCGCAGUAGUGUCCCUAGACUGCCGAGAGUUUCGCUUAAGUUUCUGUUGCUGCACAAUUCCGAGGAUCGGAGUCUGUGUGUGCUUAGCACGGAAAUCACUGUCCUCCAUCGUUUCCCUGACUAUGAGAUUGCACAACUCCCGCCCCCACUCAUUUGUAUUGCAUGGACCGCAAGACAAGCUGCUUGUCUUGCUGUUCAUGCAGCGGAGUUGGUAUUGCUAUUGCUUAGCAAUAGCAAUACCAACUCCGCUGCAGCUGCAGCAGCUUGAUUUGCAUAUCAGAUUAUACACAUAUAGAGUGUCUCAUCCAUAUGUCGUGGGGCCGCGAUCAUGUGCUCUUUUUAGUUUCCUUCGGGCUCCCGAAACUUGUCAUGCGAACGUUGUCAAAUGACAAACGGAAACGGCACUAUUUUUUGCGCUUGGCAUGACAAAUGAGGUGACGAGGGGAGAGUUGUGCACCCUCAUAUGGGGCAGGGCAACUACACUUCGUGGAGGCACUACACAGGUCGAUUGAAUUUGGCAGCAAAAGUCGAUAUCAUGGGAAAAAAUCCCCACUCGCCAGGUUGAAAAUCCACAAAAAACGAGAUUUGUGAUGCUUAUUCGUGUAAGUGUAUGCAAAGUCUCUUGCAUAUUGGGCAAGCAAGAGCGACACGAAGCAGUGGCGGUGCACAACCAAUCUGUAUAUGCGUCUUAACCUAGUACAGCACUAGCACUAGAACUAGAAGCGUCUAUCAUGCUGAAGGGCAAGGGCUGCUGGCGUUCUAGAAGCCUGAGCAGCCCUAGAAAAUAAAACGCGCCUUCAGUGGUCCCUUGAUGGAAGAGAGAGCUGAGGACUUGAACUUGUGUACUUAAAUAAACAUACAAACGGUCGCACGUCACAAAUCCUCUUUUGAGUAUGGGGAGGGGGAAUUUUGUCUUGCAAUAGUCGAUGUGACAGACUCCUAUGCGGGCGAGGUUUUCCAGCGCGGGAGGAUCGAAUUUGAGGACAAAAGUUUUUCCUUCUUGAGCUCACCCGACAUAAGCUUCACUCCGCCAAGCUUCACUCCGCCAAGCUUCACUCCGCCAAUCCGGGACAUAAGCUUCACUCCGCCAACGAGACCGAGCGUACUAGAUCCGCGGAGACGAUAUGAUUAUUGAAAUCUGCCCGGCGUUCAGCCUUAGACAGUCCUUAUAUCGAGGACUGCCGUUCGCGUUUUUUUUCUGCCCUUGAAUCUCAUUAGGUGCCGGAUUGAGAUUUGCUCACUUUCAAAAGACGCUGCGGGGACGAGAUAACGGAGACGCUAAGGCGGAGACGGGACAACGCAGAAUUUAGCGAGUGAGCGAAAUCGAAAAAAUUCUAAGUCACACUAACUGCUUUGCAAGGCACUUCGUCUUCUUUCUGUAUGAUUCAUGACAAAUUUUAUAAAUAUUCCAAGAUUUUUUUCCAAAAGUAGUUGAAAGUAGUACUCCUAUGUGCACGAGAUGCAAUUCCAGGAACCACUGCAAAAUUAUUGGCUGCACGGCUACAUAUUCAUAUUGAAACUUAUGAUCUUGUUUGAUUACGGAGCCCGCAGGAUCAGGAUCAAUGCGAAUGCUAAUGUUCAAUGCUUACGAAGAUAUAGUGGUGGCUACAAUGGUAAUGGUUACGGAGGGUGCGAGACAGGAUACAACACCCCAGCAUUCACGACCAUGUCGGGCUGCGCCGCGCCGCACACUACUGCAAAGGGUCGGCCACAAAUCAGUUGAGGCGUAUGACUUUUAGAAGGAAGCUCGAAAAAGAAGGAGCUUUUACCUACAACCAGGCAAAACGGGGGCGUUCGCUUUGGUGUUGAGCAUCGAGAGUAGUUUGAAAGAAUGAAGUGCCGUGUGUAGUUUAUUCACGUGAGUAAGUACUCCUGCAGGCUGCAGCUCAUAGUGAAAUUACUCGAUCGCUUGCAACACUAAAUAAUGUUGACCGUAUCUUUAAGAAAAAGAAGAAGAAGCAGAGGAGCGAGUACCUCCUUUAGAAGUAGUAUUGUUGUACAGCAACCUCAUCUUAUUUGUUUCUAUUUGAUGGAACUAUGUAGCAUCGACAACGUCCUCCCCAAUUCAUUUAUUGCACACACAGCACCACCAGAGCACCAUAGCACGAUACCGAGAUCGACAAAGGUACUCUAGACUCCAGAUUGGAGAACUAGCCCGCAGCCGCCCGUCGGUAGAAAUCAUUUUUCUGUAGUGUCGUGUUUGUGCUCCUCAGAUCGGAAUUACAAGCAGCAGCAUCUUCCUUCACGAGAAGGCAGAAUGCACGAUGCAGGCAGUCGCAAGCCCGCAGCUGGCGGCCGACAGCAUCGAAAAACCGUGGGAUAAAUCAAUUUCUUUUGCGACGCUCCCCGGAGCGAU